AUGAUCGGUGAUGUCCUGCUGGAUUACCAUUAUAUCGCAAGCUCUGGAGCAUCAACCAGCAAGUUCAAUCUCUCUUACCUAUUCAAAAUGAUAUUCACUCCCAUCUUGGCCCUUGCGUUCGCCGCCAUCGCACCGCUUGUCAACGCAUAUCCCAUCACGGGCGAUGGUGUCAAAUGCCGCUCUGGCCCUGGAACAUCCCACUCUAUCGUCAAGAGCUACGAGAAAGGUGCCGAUGUUAGUAUCACUUGCCAGACCGAUGGUACCGAUAUCUUCGGCAACAACAUCUGGGACAAAACGGCCGACGGCUGUUAUGUAUCCGACUACUACAUCAAGACAGAGAGUUCCAGUUAUGUCACCAAGAAGUGCAAUGACAACGGCAGUGGAGGUGGAAGCAACGGAAGCCUACCUGGCCUGACAGCCACCCAGUCCAAGCACGCAAAGGCCAUUAUCAACGAAGCAAAGUCAGAGAGUCUGGGCCGCCAGGGUUGUCUUGCCGGCAUUGCAACUGCCCUUGUUGAGUCGAACAUCUACAUCUAUGCCAACAAGAAAGUUCCCGCCUCUCUCGACUACCCACACGACAAGGUGGGCUCGGACUACGACAGCGUGGGUAUCUUCCAGCAGCGUGCUGUCUAUUAUCCCAACAUUGCGGCCAAUAUGGAUGCUGCGAAGUCCGCGGCGCAAUUCUUUUCUAAAAUGAAGGGCAUCAGUGGCUGGAAGUCCAUGGAGGUUGGCAAGCUUUGCCAGAAGGUGCAGGACUCUGCCUAUCCCACCCGAUAUGCGGAACGUCUCCCUGAGGCCAAACAGAUCUGUGCUACUGGAGGCUUGUAG